GCAGGAAGUGGCGGUUACCGGAGCGAUGGGGCGCGGAGGGACGCGCGACCGGCGAUGGAGCCGAACCCGGGGCAGGGCAGCGUUAACACAGUGCUGGGCUGGGGAACAGAUGAGGUGGCGCAGUGGGUGUCGGGGCUCGGCUUCCCACAGUACCAGGAGUGCUUCAGAGCCAACGGCAUCACCGGCCGCCGCCUCAUCCUGGUGAACUGCUCCAACCUGCCGGCCCUGGGCGUCACAGACUUCGGACACAUGCAGGAGAUCUCACGACAUGUGCGGGAGCUGCUGGGGUUUGAGGAGCCUGUCUUCAGCAGAUCCAUUGCCCUCCCAUACAGAGACAACAUGGGUCUCUUCCUGGAACGAAAGUCUCGAACAGGACAGAAAGCAGAUGCCCUCACUUUCUCACAGUUUGUCCAGGAAGCAGGUCUAGAGCCCUACUCUACAUUUCCUCCUGUGCAGCAGACACAGAUGGGUAGAAACUGAUGCUCUCCUUUCAUCACAGAGCACACAGACUCAGGAUCAGAGUCACACUGCAGUUCCACCUGUGUAAGAAGCCCAUCUGGGAAAGCAGUAUACAUCCUUAUUAGCUUGCAAUUUGUCCAGGGUGGUAUAGUUUCACAUUGUUCACACUACAUGAAAGGCUAUUGCAGCUCUUGGCAAUUUUAUGACAACAAACACAUCCCCACAUUGGCUCUUUACUGUAAGAAUUCUUUACAAUUCAUUUGCUUCCAGGAACUAAAUGAAACAAAACACAUAAAUCAGGUGUGACUUUACCACUGACUGUCUGUCUUCAAAUUCUGCUUCACAGUUGAUUAAAAAGACCAAAUCAAACCAAUCAAUCCUAGGCAUAUUUCAA